AUGAAAUCUCUGAAUUUCCUUGUGGCUUUGAUGGCUGCAGCCAUUGCAUCACCAGUUGGGGAAUCGAAGGAGCUGAGCAAACGAUUUUAUCAAGAUAUCUUGGGCACGGAGAGUAGGCCUGAAUACUAUCCGAUUGCGGCAAGUGCAUUCCGUACUCUUGGACACUCUGGUGGUGGAAGGCGUGCUCUUGGUGCUCGUUAUUUACCCUAUACUCCAGUCAGUUAUAUUCCUCAAGCUGCCAGAGCUGCAAAUGUCCCGAAACUGGCUUACACAAUUCCGCAGACUGGAAGACAAGAGCAAGCAGAUUACAGAUAUUAA